UCACCUGUCUGCUACAUGGAUAGAAGAGAGCUGCUGAUUGGCUGGUGGGAUGUGAUGGGAUUACCUAAAACUACAACUCCCAGUGUGUUUCCCAGAUUACCGAAGACAUGGAGGCGUUACUCAGACAGGCUGAAGACCUGCGGGAAGCUGGGAAUAUGGACCCGAAGAUGGAAGAAGUUCUGAAGAAGAUCAGCGCGGUGCAGAAAGAUCGAGAACAAGCAGAGGCCGAGAAGCAGACAUUAGACCAGGAGAUAGAAGCGGCGCAGAGCGAACUACAGAACCUAUAUACAGAAAAAGCAGCACUGAAAGAAAUAGCUGUGAAAAAGCAAGAGACCAUCCAAAAUCUGAAGCUACGGCGUGACAAACAGUUAAAGAAAGAAAAGAAACAACAGGAGCAAGCUGAGGAGACCGAAAAGCGAAUGGAAGAUCUGACCACCAAAAUUGAGGAAGAGAAGAUGAAGCAGAGAAAGCAGAGGAUAGAAUUUCAAGACCAAACUGAAGAAAUGAUAAAACGACACAAAAACCUGGCACAGUUCUAUGAUACAAAGAGACUUGAAGCAGAGAUUGAAGGAAUGAAAGAGCAGAAAAGGAAACUUCUACAAGAAGAGAAGGUGAAAUUGACCAAGCUGAAAGAACUUGAAGAAACUGAGGCCAAACUAAGAGCAGACGGCGUCCUGACAUCAGAAAAUCUCUUCCUGCGCAGUGAGCAGGCAACAUGUACAAUAGAACUAUUUGAGGAAGAAAACAAAUGUGCCAAGGCCAGGCUGGAAGAGGUAACAGCGCGGCAGACAGAAGCAUUGAAUAAGUAUAACGAGCUGAAAUCAUGUCUGGAGGAUGCAGAAAAGAAGCUGCCUAAGGUACUACAAGCUCCAUCCAAUGAGACCCAACCGGAGAUCAGCAAAGGGCCUGGCUUAUCCAGCAGUAUUCUAUGACCAUUCCCCAGAUAAAAACAUUGGAUAACACAAGGAUUAACUGUUCAUGUGCUGUUUUUUUUCAUGUCUUGCAUCCAAAGUAUUCUGUAUAUCAGUGUUUUCCAAACACUGUAUCUUCAGCUUGUGCAAAACUACAGCUCCCAGCAUGCCC